ACUCGAAAUGGCACAGAAUCACUCACCCACAGUCUCUCAGACUGUGUCCACUCGUAAACGGAAAACGGAGAGCUUCCAAGCAAACCCUAACACGAUUAAACAAAACCAAGCUAACGAAGAAGAAUUAGGCUGAGGUCAGAUCAUGGCGUUUACUUCUCGCCUCUUAUCCAAAUCCAAACAGUUGUGUGGGAGUCAAGUGAUACUGCAACAGCAGCAUGCUAUUCCGGUGCGUUACUUUGCGAAGGAUGCUGCGCCUAAGUCUUUAAAAGGAGAUGAGAUGCUGAAGAACAUCUUUUUGGAUGUUAAGAAAAAAUUUGACACAGCCAUGGGGAUACUUCGGAAGGAGAAGAUCACCAUUGACCCAGAUGAUCCUGCUGCUGUUUCUCAAUAUGCUAAGGUCAUGAAGACAAUCAGAGAGAAGGCAGGCUUGUUCUCAGAAUCUCAAAGGAUUCAUUAUACUAUCCAAAGUCGAACAGAAGGAAUCCCAGAUGCUCGUACAUAUUUGUUGACGUUAAAGGAAAUACGUAUCAAGAGAGGACUCACUGAUGAACUCGGUGCAGAGGCUAUGAUGAUGGACGCCCUCGAGAAAGUGGAAAAGGAAAUUAAAAAGCCUCUUAUGAGAAAUGAUAAGAAUGGGAUGGGUCUUCUUUUGGCUGAAUUUGAUAAGAUUAAUAAGAAGCUUGGAAUCCGGAAGGAGGACUUGCCAAAGUAUGAGGAGGAGUUGGAAAACAAAAUUGCCAAAGCACAGCUGGAGGAGCUGAAGAAGGAUUCUCUUGAGGCUAUGGAAACCCAAAAGAAGCGGGAGGAGUUCAAGGAUGAGGAAAUGGUGGAGGUGAAAUCACUGGAUAUCAGAAACUUUCUGUGAGAGAUUCAAUAUUUGGUUUUCUUUUUCUUUUUUUUUUUUUUUACCGUUUGAUUGAGGUUGAACAAUUGUGCGACGACUCAGAUAAUGAGAAUGGGAGUCGGUUUUUUGGCUGUACUAUAAUAAUAAUCGACUAUGCGAGAUCCACAAAUUUGUUGCUGUUUGUGCUAUGGAAAUACAUUUAGCA